AUGGCCGAAUUGAGCUCCCGAGAGAACCUCCAUGCGCCUUCGGAGUUCCCCAACUUCCACAAUGGCGACGUUAUGGUCGUCAUUCCUCCUACCGAGAUCUACCAAUUACACUCCGACGUCCUCCGGCGUUGCGCACCCCAUCAUUUUGGCCAAUUGGUGGCACCGGCCAAUGCCGCCAAUCUAAUCAAAGCCGCUGUAAACAGUGGCCGCUUUACCCGCUACAAACUGGUUCUGAGGCCCUCCGAGCGCCAUCAGACUGGAGCCUUCCGCCGAGAGGAAGUCGAUAAAUAUGGCCGGACGACGGGCGACACAGACUGUCAUUCCAUGCUCGAAAACGUCUACAACGCCAAAUUGCCAGCAUAUGCACCCGAGGCAUGGAAAAACUUGUUUCGCGCAUUCUACAACCUGGAUCCCGACCUUAGCGGAUCAUCUCUCCAGACCGUGCUUGAGAAAGCCGUGCAUCUGAUGGAUGCUGCAGAAAGUGUGGGCGCCGCUGCAGCAGUACGUGCUCACAUCGACAAUUCGUUGAUGCGCCAUGGGCAGCUACUUUACCGCGCAAUACUGGCACUGCCGAUUCUUUGGGGCAAUCUAGCUAUCAGGGUUCGGUCUCCUGCUAUCUUCAAGGAUGCAGUCAUACACGUUGUGGGAAAAUGGAACUCCCUUACAAACGCUGAAAAACGGAACAUGAACCCGCAUUUCCGGGCCAUUUGCGAGCAGAAAGCCGCAGAGCUCUACAAGAUCAAGGGAGCAGUUGAGAUACGGAUCCUCGGACAUCAUCCACAGGUACUUUGGCGAAACGUCGGAUCAGCUUCUGCUACCUCGCGAGCCAAUUAUGCGAAUGACGUUUACAUGUGGAUGGCACUCAACAUCCACCGCCAAUGGUUCUUCCAGGUGACCGGCAUGGAACGUCGAGGUCGAGAUGGACCUGACGGAGGCGCGGAGCUAUAUCAUGCAAUUCACGAAGGAGGAACAACAUACCUCGUUGCGCAAGACUACGCCUGUUUCCACAAUACCUGCCCCAUGUCCAAAAAGGCACGGACAAUACUGUACGACAAGGUUCGCCAGAUGAAGUUUGAAGUGCGCAAAUACGCCAAAUGCUUGACUGUGAACCGAACACUGCUGGAUCUUAAGGAUGGCCUGCAGGUGAACCAUUUACUUUGUACUCAAGUGAUGGAUCAUGAUCUCCCAUGGAACAGGACAGAUCUUGCGAGGCUUGAGCCCUCAUAUCUGAAAGAUGAUGGGGACGAAAUGGUGGUAGUGGAAGGGGGAAUUCCGUCGGAUGUUUCUGACAUCUCAGUCUAUGGGACUGAAAUCCAUCGACCGGAUGGUCAGGUGGAUGUGUGA